ACUACUCCUUUUGCAAGUUUAAAGUUGGAAAUUCCACAGACCCAACUCACUGUUCUCUUUCAAAACUUCAACAUGAAGUUUUUGUCUUCUUCUCCUUCUUUCUCGUCGUCUUCAUCCUCUGCCUCUUUUGAUCCAAACAUGUGCAAUUCAAAGAGCGCCACUGCCGGGUGUCUGGCGGGCAUCUUGCGCCGAAUUCUCUGCUCCGGUAACCUUCCUACACACCCUUCAGAUCAACUCAGAGAGGCUGAUUCAUUGUUGUGUGACAAGGAUCAAGAACUGAAGGCCGCUAGGGAGAGUAUCGAGAGAUUCGAGGCCUCUGCCACGCCAGGGAUAGUAGCAAGGCUGAUGGGUUUGGAAUCAAUGCCAGAGAUCGACAGUCUGUUGAAUCCAAAUUCAAAGCCAAAUUCAAUUUCACGUAGCCGAUCCAUGAACUAUGCGGAUCACUUGGCGGAGUUUGAUCCAAUGCAGGCGCAGCAUCGACGGGUGAAAUCCACGUUGUCCUUUAGAGAGACGCCGACAUUUCUCGAGCUGGAAAACGAAAACUUUCUUAUACUCAGCUUCGAGACUGGAAGUGAACAUAAAGAGUUAAGAUCAAAGGGGAAGAAAUCUGAAACGGGUUUUGGAGAAUUGAAGCAAAGAAGAGAAGAAAGAUGUAAAAACAUGGAGAACAGAGCAGAGAGGGUGUCAGAGAAGAAGAAGAAGAACAACAACAAAGGAUGUCAAGAAGCCAACAAGAAGGUCUUGAAUGAUUUGAAUAAUGGCAAGUCUAAAGGCUCAAGUAUUACUCGAUCUCCUUCAAAGAACUCCCACGAAAAACCAUAUGUUUCCCCGGAAGCAGUAAAAACGUCCAAACCCGCUAACCACAAGGAAGUCGUCAAUGGAAGGAAACUAAGUAAGAGGAAAAAAACCAGUCUUUGUGUAGUUCAAAAGACAGAAUCUGAGUGCAGCUCCGAAGAUUCGAGUCCUGUUUCUGUUCUUGAUUUUGGUCAUUUCCUCACUGAUCCUGAGGCCCCAAUAUCAGAGUCGGGUAUGGCUGAUUCAAAGUCACGAAGGAAGUUGUCGCCGGAGCUUGAAAAUCACAAGCAGCAAUCUCCACGAAAGGACAGUGAUCUAAUCGGAGAUGAGCUACAAACAAAGAAAGUUGAAGGCAAAUAUCAUGGAACAAAGAAGAAAGAGUGCAUGAGCCAAAACUACGUGGAUAUGUGGGGUGAAAUUGGCAGGCUGACUGGAGCAGAGUUGGUUGGAUCAAAUUGGGUAUACAGGGGAAUGUGGAAGCAUGAAAGUUUUGACGGUAUUGGUGCAAAUUUUGAGCUUGAAAUUCUCGAUCAAUUGUUAGAUGAGUUGGUAGGUCAACUAUCUGGACUUCCAUGAAAAAUUUGAACAUGCAAUUGUAAAUUUCGCAUUGUCAAUAAACUCUACAAAGAAUUUUUUGUUUUUGUUUU